CUCGGCGAUGUCAUUCUGACAGUUCGCGUUGCAUUGUGUGGAAGUGCUUUUUGUUAUUUCUCCGCUCUUAGUUCGUCACAUUUUUGACAGCUCUCGCUGGCUUUUCUUAGCUACAUACAGUGUAUCAAAUUUUCAAACCGAAUUUAGGUGGCUUAAAACUGGUGUAAUUUGUGUGGAAUAGAAGCUGCAAGUGAGGCGAUUGCAGUUGCAAUAAGUGAAGUGUAUUUAUAGAACUGAUUCCGCCGGAAAUCUGGCCGAUAGAGGCUUUGAAAAGUCGCCUCCGAAAACUGGACUCGGUAGGGGCAACUCUUUUGCGUUUGUCAAAGGGAGGAAGGAAAACUCAGCAAGCCGAGCUCAAAUUUAGUGGGGUUGCUUGGCAAACACCAUUUUCGUUUUGAUUGAAAUCGUUUCUCGGGUGUUCCUCCGGGCCAAAAUCCGGAAGCAAUUUUGCGCUAGCGUCGAGUGUUGAAAAGCCGUCAAAAUUGAGGAAAUAGAGGAAAUCGUGGAGACCGAGGAGGUCAUCCUCUCUCCCGAUGAAAUGCAACAUGAAGAAUACGAAAUCACCUCGGUGCCCAUCGAAACUACAACGGUGCAAAACGUCAAGCGGGCCGACAUUCGGGACCUGACUCGGGAGGCUCACUACCAGACCAAAUUGCUGCAGCAGGAAAAUGAAGCACAAGAGCUCAACUUCCAGCCGGCAUCCAGCGCCGAGGAUACCGAGGGCUCUGACCAAGAGCAUACCAUGGGCGAGCAUAACUUCAGCACAGAGCAUGAGGAUCAUAUGGACAUGGAGGGCAUCAGUCCCAAUAAUCAGUCAGCGAUUCGCAAACGUCGUGGAAAUCUUCCAAAGCAUUCAGUUAAGAUCUUGAAACGGUGGCUUUACGAACACAGGUACAAUGCGUAUCCCAGCGAUGCCGAGAAAGUGACACUUUCGCAGGAAGCCAAUUUGACGGUUUUACAGGUCUGCAACUGGUUCAUCAAUGCACGUCGUCGGAUUCUUCCAGAAAUGAUCAGGAGAGAAGGUCACGAUCCUUUACAUUACACCAUUUCUCGACGAGGUAAAAAAUUGAACAGCCAGUUAGCGAACAUGCAAGUUCCCAAUCCGAUUACCAUGAGUCCUGCGUCAGAAGUCAUUGUUGGGGCCACGGAGGAGAUUAUCGAAGAGGAAGAGGUCAUUGAAGAAGGAGUUCCAAAUAUCAUUACUUCCAGCAUUGGUCAGCAGUACGUACAGACGCCAUCCGGUUUAGUAAAAGUUGAGGAGGACAUCGAUUUCGAAGAUCACAUCAUAUACCGAUCUGACGAGAGCAAUAUCGAAUACGAAUAUCCAGAGGAAGAGGAAGAAGAACUUCAAACGGAGCAAACGGAAUGGGAUGGUAUUAUUCGAUACGCCCACGACAAAGACGAGGAAAUACCCGAAGAAAUCACAGAGGAGGAAGUAAUUGCAUCGGAUAGUCCUGAGUACUAUGCGGCAACACAAACCAAUGUCACCCAUCUGCCACAAUUGCCACAAACGCUCAGCACCGCCAACAUAUCUGUGCGAGCAACCACGACAACGGCAACGCAUAUCGUUACCAAUCCAGUUCCCGUUGGAUUGUCCCGGGUCCAUGUGGUGUCCUCUUCGCCUAGUGCCGCCAACGUUAGCAGUCCAAUAGUGGGAACGGUGAAAUCGAUGGGUGGCGGCACAAUUGUUACAAGUCAGCAAGCGCUACAAGUCAGUAAAACCACGACGGUGAAGAAACUAAUCACAACCCCUGUGGUGGAAACAAACGCCAAAACGAUAACUCCUAUCACGACAUCGACGACGGGAAACGCUGUGGUAACGGCAGUUAACUCGAACAACAACAAUAAUAACAACAAUAACAGUAGCAGCAAUAACAACACCACACAAGCCAACUCUCAGCACACAACGACAGCAGUGAAAGUAAAAGGUGUUAUCCGCGACGACAAGGAUCAGUUCAAAUGUCUUUAUCUUCUAGUAGAAACCGCAGUGGCCGUCCGCCAGCGAGAAAAAGAGCAGGACGACGUGCACGUUCUCGGGAACUAAAGGCGACAGCACUAUCAUUUUAGCUCCUUUCCUUCCAUACUUUCCCAUAUCUCGCCUUCAUUUCCCUUCGUCUGUUUCAUCCAAAGUCGAGAAUAUCAUCAUCAAACCCUAUUUCCUCCCGAAGUCCCUUCCCCGUUAGUACAUAAUCGUAUAAGCAGAGCAAGAUUUGUUAUUUUUUCUAUAUAAUACAACGUAGAAAAGCGAAAUCCCUGAAAACAGAGAAUUUUACUGUAAUUUCGUAAGAACAAAUUGAGCUAGGUGAUAAUAUGAGGUAAAUCUACGUACGCAAAGGAGAAUGCAAACAGAAAUCUACAUACACACAAUUCUGCUAGCAAGAAUCACACAACACACAAACUUGUAUAUAAAUGGACUAUAUACACUUACUUUAAAAACAUAGGGCGUACACAUAAUAAUGCAGAAAGGAUUAUUAUUACGGUGGAUCAGAAAAGAAACUACUAUUAAUCGUAAUUAUUACUACUAGUUUAUAAGACAGAGUAGCGAAAACAGAGAGACCGAACGCGUGAUUUCAGCAGUCCGAGAGAAUCGUAUAUUUUAAAUGCCAACCACUUUGCAAUUUUACAUAGAUACCGUAUUAUUAUUUUAAUUUGCUCACUUGUACAUUUCCGUCUCAUUAUUUUCUGAUUUGCCAACAUAAUCGAUGAAUCACAUCAAAGAAUAAAGUUAUUUGCAAAAAAUACAACAAAUAACAGUUUAGAAACAGCCACAAAUCAAUUAUGCAAUAAUCAAGCAAAAUGAUGCAGCCAAAAGUCGAUGCGUUCCAAUCUCUGUGCUCUGAGGGCUCAUUUUUUCGAAAGAGCAGUCACAUGUGGACGAUUGCAGGAAGUUGACUGUCCUGGAAAUCUUCCGCCACUACCUGUGUUAGUGUUUUACGUACGUCGAUAAUUAUUAAUUUGUGAACCUGGUAAAUUGUUUCUUUAAUGGUAAUUCAAAGCGCAUGUAGUCAUUACGAAGAAAGGAAUACGUCGUACGGAGAGCGAUAGUAGUCAUAUUAAAUCAGGUCUUUUUUUGUUUUUAGUUGUUGAAUCAUUUGUGAAGGAUAAUGAAUUCGUUUUGUAUCUCUUCUUUCUGCAUUAUUAACUAGCAAAGCUUGGCAACGGAUCCACACGAUAUUUUAGGCCCUUGUAUCGGAAGUUAAUAAAGUAACAACAAAGUGGUACUCUUA